AUGUUUUGCCUCCAGAUUGCAAUAUUUGUGAUUCUGUAUAAUCAAGGGUUUAUAUUGUGUUUUCCGCUAAGUCAGUUUUAUCUGUUUGGUUCUGCAGCAGGUGAUAGUAGUUUAAGUGCCAAUGAUGAUGGUUCGACCUCAAGUAUACCAGUAUCUGUAAACUUUCCUUUCUUUGGCUCGUCGUACAAUUCGAUUUUCGUAAAUAACAACGGUGACGUAACAUUUCGAGCACCACUGACCCAGUAUACAUCGCAGCCUUUCCCUAUAAAUGGCUCUCAUAAAAUCAUUGCACCGUUUUGGACAGACAUUGAUACGACAAAAGGUGGACAGCUAUGGUACCGCUCAACUACACAGAAUUCAGUUUUACAGCAAGGAACAAGUAAAAUUCGUUCGCUUUUUCCAAACAUUCUAAAUUUUGUUGCCUCCUGGAUGAUGGUUGUCACGUGGGAAAACGUUGCUGCGUAUAACUGUGGUCCAACCAAAAAUAUAACUUGUUCACAGAGAAAUACAUUUCAGCUAGUCCUGAUUACUGAUGGCACGCACGCAUUUGCUCUUUAUAAUUAUAACAAAAUAACAUGGGCAAAAUCCUCACAGGUAGGGUUUAAUGCUGGGGACGGAAAACACUAUUUUUCCGUUCCAGGUUCCAUGACAAACUCCGUCCUGAAUCUUCCACAGAUGUCUAAUAUAGGUGUUCCAGGACAAUUUGUGUUUAGAGUGGAUCAAAAUAAAAUUUCGAAUGCAGAUACCGUUGACGAAUGUGCAAGCUCUCCAUGUAUACACGGAAACUGUUCUAACGAAUACCUUUACUAUGAAUGCAUUUGUGAAGCAGGUUACACGGGAGUCAAUUGUGAAUUGGAUAUUGAUGAGUGUCAAAGUUCGCCUUGCAUCCAUGGCAACUGCUCAGAUCAUCACAAUCAUUUUAUUUGUCACUGCCAGGCAGGGUACACAGGAAAUUACUGCCAAACAGAUAUUGACGAAUGUGCCAGUUCACCUUGUCUUCAUGGUAAUUGCACAGAUCUCGUCAAUGGCUACCUCUGCAACUGUGUGGCAGGAUUUACUGGGACACACUGUGAACAUGAUAUUAAUGAAUGUCAAAGUUCGCCAUGUUUUCAUGGAGACUGCACAGACCAUGUAAAUUCCUACUCGUGUCAUUGUUAUCCGGGCUACACAGGGACGCAGUGCCAGAUUGAUAUUGAUGAAUGCGCUAGUUCUCCAUGCUUAUUCGGAAACUGUUCGGACCAAGUCAAUAGAUAUGUUUGUAACUGUGUACCUGGCUAUACUGGAUUCAUUUGUGACACAGACAUUGAUGAAUGUGGGAGUUCCCCCUGUAGUCACGGUUCAUGUGUUAAUCAGAUCAACAAUUACCAGUGUAAUUGUGAUUCAGGAUACUAUGGAAGGCAAUGUUCAAACUUUGAAGUAUCAUAUUUAGCACCUCUGUUUGUGGGAUUAUCGUUAUUGCCCCUUGCAGUUUUGAUCGUAUUGUUAUGGAGGAAAUUUAAAAGAGAGGAAGAAAAAGACGAUUCCUUUGAACUAUUUCCUUUCAAAGACGCAACACUUGGACCAAGUAAGACUACAUUUCGAAAUCAGUCACCGAAAAAGUUUUCAUUCUCAAACGUUUUUGAUAUCUUAAAGCAGCUAUGGAAAAGAACUUUCUUCAGAAUUGCUCCCGCAUUAGAUAAACUACAAAGUGGAUAUACAUACAUUUCUAAAAAAAUCAAAUUAGCAGACAACUUGCAAAGGUUUCAUAACUAUCUAUCAAUGAAGAUAAAGCCAUUCACUAACCGGAUUUCAAAGAUAUUUCCACAAAUACAAAGCAUGGAAUGAUAACAUACAUGUAUUAUAUGUUAAUUUGAAGUCGCUACAAGCGUUAAUUAAGUUUAUCUUGUUUCAGUGUUGAUUUCUAUAGAAAAACAGUGGACUUAUUAUAUCUAAUUUUUUAGUAACAAUUGUCACUCUCAUCAAUUUGCUUAUUCCUUUUGUUCAUCUAUUUAUGUUUUUCUGUUGA